AUGCGCAAGCCAAAUGGCCCAACGCUGCCGAAGAAAUUGAGUGGCAACGCAGCAGCAUACGAGCCGGAGAGGGUUUCAUACAACAAGAGCGACAAUAGGAUCACUGUUCUCAACCCAAAUGGAUACCUGGCCUACCUGAUACAGCAGGAUAUGUUCACCUCGAAGAAAAUAUCCGUCUACAUUGGAAGCGCAAUGCUCGGAAGUGUAGGGGUGAGGAGUAGCGAGACGGUUGAAGCCCAAACACUGGUAGCCCGAAGAGACCCGAAUUCCGUCUUUAACAAGGUCAUCUACCUAGAAGCGAAAACAACUGGAACCGGCUGGGAUGUUAAGACCGCAAGCACAUUGGACAUCGAAAGGUUAGCAAGACUUUGGAAGGUUCGGCAGAUUUGA